GUGGAACACCCAGUUGGUACACAACCUGUCCCAGUUUCUCCACCGGUUUCUCGUCAGCGACCGGAAAUUUAACAACUCCUAAGAUUAGAGAUUUGCCGUUUUUUUUUCCACCAGAAAACGAAGAAAAAGAAUUGGAUGCUGCUGUGUGCCACCAUGCACUAUCAAAGAGUUGGAAUCGGGUUGCUUCUUUGGUCUGUCUUUUUUACUCUAAUACUAGCCCCAACAGUUGAUGCUAGAAUCCGCCACUACAAAUGGGAGGUUAAAUAUGAAUUUAAAUCACCAGACUGCUAUAAGAAGCUGGCGAUUACCAUCAAUGGGAGAACCCCAGGGCCGACAAUACAAGCGCAGCAAGGCGAUACCGUCAUUGUCGAGCUUAAGAAUGGUUUGGUGACAGAGAAUGUCGCAAUUCAUUGGCAUGGAAUCCGACAGAUUGGAACCCCAUGGAUGGAUGGAACAGAAGGAGUAACUCAGUGUCCAAUUUUGCCGGGAGACACUUUCAUUUACAAGUUUGUUGUGGAUAGGCCCGGAACAUAUUUGUACCAUGCGCACUAUGGGAUGCAAAGAGAAGCUGGGUUGUAUGGUGCCAUACGAGUCUUGGUUCCUGAUGGUGUUAAGGAGCCAUUCUCAUACGACUACGACCGAAGCAUCAUCCUUAACGAUUGGUACCACAAAAGCACCUUUGAACAAGCUGCAGGCUUGUCUUCGAAAUCCUUUGUGUGGGUGGGAGAGCCUCAGUCGCUCUUGAUACAAGGAAGAGGAAGAUUCAACUGCUUGGCUUCAGGCCUACAAGCUGAUACUUGUAAUUCGACAAACCCAGAAUGCUCUCCCUAUUUCUUAACAGUCGUCCCGGGGAAGACAUAUCGACUUAGGAUUGGGAGCUUGACGUCUCUAUCUGCACUGAAUUUCGCCAUUGAGGGGCACAACUUGACAGUUGUGGAGGCUGAUGGACACUAUGUAGAGCCAUUCGUUGUACAAAACCUGAACAUCUACUCUGGGGAGACAUACUCUGUUCUUGUGAGAACAGAUCAGGAUCCUUCAAGGAAUUAUUGGGCUGCUACAAACGUGAUCAGUCGAAAUAGAACUACUCCAACCGGCUUGGCGAUCUUCAAUUACUAUCCGAACCAUCCCCGUAGAUCACCUCGAACAGCUCCACCGACAGGGCCUCAGUGGAAUGACUCGGACUACAGAUUGGCGCAGAGUGUUGCCAUUAAGGCACGCCAAGGCUACAUCAUCCCACCUCCCCUAACCUCUGAUAGAGUCAUUACGCUCCUCAACACACAGAACAGGAUAGACGGUUACAUGCGCUGGUCUGUUAAUAACGUCUCCUUCACCCUCCCUCAUACCCCAUAUCUCAUUGCGCUCAAGAAGAACAUGACCCAUGUGUUCGAUCAAACCCCAGCACCAGAAAAUUAUGAUUCCGCAAGCUACGAUAUCUUUAGCGCCCCAAAGAAUCCUGAGGCUACUUACAGUAACUCCAUUUACAGGUUGAAGUUCAAUUCUACAGUGGACAUUAUUCUACAAAAUGCAAACUCACUGAUGAACAACACAAGUGAAACACAUCCAUGGCACCUGCACGGACAUGAUUUCUGGGUGUUGGGGUAUGGAAAGGGGAAGUUCGACCCCGUGAAUGAUCCGAAGAAGUACAACCUGGUUAAUCCCAUCAUGAAGAACACGGUGCCCGUUCAUAGUUAUGGAUGGACUGCUCUGAGAUUUCGGGCAGAUAACCCGGGGAUCUGGGCCUUCCAUUGCCAUAUAGAAUCUCAUUUCUACAUGGGUAUGGGCGUGGUAUUUGAAGAAGGUGUGGAAAGAGUUGGAGAGCUCCCUUCAUCCAUCAUGGGUUGUGGAGAAACAAAAGGUGUCUAUCGGCCCUAGAAGAAGCUCUAAUGUUUUACAGAGUUCACUUUCGCUCCUUCCAUGAAGGACCCGGGAGCACCCCUGGGACAGAAACGUAAUAGACACUGAAUAAGAGGUAGAUCAGAUGGCAUUUUUUAAAUGUAUGAAUAGUUGAAUACUGUCAAAAAAAGAAUUAUAACAAUGAAUUCUAGUUAACAUUGUUUUUUAACAAGAAAAAAAAAUUGCUGUUUACUUGUUUUCGCAACAAUAUUGAAAGUGUAGCAUUGGCAACA